UUUACAACUUCCGGUCGUGCCCCCGGAAUUUCUCGACCUCACAUUUAUGGCGUGUUGCUAUUGAAAAUUGAAGAGAAAAACAAAUAUUUCUAAGGUGGCUCCGUCAUUUAUAGACGCCCACGAGUGGGUGUCCUGACCCGUUCGAAACCCUUUUCUUUCGGACCAGUAAGGAAUCACAAGUCAUAGUUGUUGAACCCGCAACUUAAGACCGAGAUGGACGAGGAAAUGGGCGAAGAUUUGCCUGCAAGAGAGGAGGAAGAUGAGGAAUCGGAGGGAGAUGAGGAAUUUGAUUGGAUUGUAGAAAAUGACGUCGAUGAUGAUGAAGAAGAUGAUGACGUUGAAGAAGAAGACGAUGAUCCCCUUGUAACUGAACAGUCAGAGAACUUUGAGGUCGACACUCCUCCAGAACGCAGUGGCCAUAUAGCAGUAGUAGAUAGAAACUGCAUGUAUGUUUGGGGUGGCUACAAGAAUGCUGUCAACCAUGGAUUCUUUGACCUGUACUUGCCAAGGAAUGAGCUCUGGGAAUACAACAUGGAGACUGGAGUAUGGACAAAGCGUAUAACUGGAGGUAACCUCUUCACAUCGAUGUCUGGCAGCUGCGGGGUGUGUGUGAACGGAGUCCUCUAUCUGUUCGCAGGGCACUAUGCCAGGGGAAACAUCAACAGGAUCUUCUGUCUGAACCUUAGAGCCUCCCACCUCAUCUGGGAGGAAAUGAAGGAUCUGAAGGGAGUCCCUCCGUCUUGCAAGGAUAAGCUGGGUUGCUGGGUCCAGAAGAACAAGCUGAUAUUUUUCGGAGGUUAUGGUUAUGCACCACAAGGACAGCAUCGGGGAACAUUUGAAUAUGAUGUAUCCUCGUCAUUGGGGUGGAACAGCCCCAGUCGAGGCUGGAAUAACCACAUCCACAUUCUGGACCUGGAGACGUCCACGUGGAGCCAGCCCAUAACUAAGGGUAACACCCCGUCUCCCAGGGCCGCCCACGCCUGUGCCACGGUGGGCAACAGAGGCUACGUGUUUGGAGGACGAUACAAGAACUUCAGACUAAACGACCUGUACUACAUCGAAAUGGACUCCUGGGAGUGGCAUGAGAUGAGUGUUCCCGCCGGGGGUCCUUCGGGGCGGUCCUGGCACUCCUUCACCCCCGUGUCAGAAGAUCACGUCUUCCUCUUCGGGGGCUUCACCACGGAGAGGGAGACACUGAGUGACGGAUGGCUUUACUGUGCCAGUAAGAACGAGUGGAAGCCUUUCACACACAAUCACACAGAGAGCCCCAGGCUUUGGCACACGGCGUGUUCGGGUGCAGACGGGGAGGUGUUUGUGUUCGGAGGCUGUGCUAACAACCUGCUAUCGCAUCAAAGAGCUGCCCACAGCAAUGAGCUGCUGAUCUUCAACGUGCAACCAAAAUCGCUUCUUCGGUACUGCAUGCAGGUGGCUCUCACGCACAGGGAGCGUCUGGCCGGCUCCUGGGACUGCCUGCCCAAGCACCUGCUGCACAACCUCCAGCAGAGAGUGGGCCGUGUGAACACCCCCGGCUCAUAGUCCAGGAACACGCCGCCCAGCCACCCCUCCACAUCUGAUAAAGAUUGCAAUUCUGUGCGCAUACCCAUAAAUGCCUGCCAUAGCAUGUACUUACUUCCACACCAGUGGGGCACAUACCAAAUUCGAUAAUUCUAUCCCUCAAAAAUUGUCUGUAACAAUCCUUGAGGCACCCAUAGACCGCUGGCUAUUCGAUGUGCUUCAGAGACCGUCAAUGCAGCUUGUAAAAGUAUUUGCAUUGCGAUGGUCGAGAUUUAAAUUAAUGGUUUCAACUGUUAUUCAGAAUGAAGCGUCCCUUUAAAGCUAAAAUUGUAAUCAAUAAUUGCAAUAAUAUUGCUUUUUGGUGACAGUAAAGUACUGAGCAUGUUAAUCUUGUAUAUAUUGUAAUUUAUAUUAUUUUGCAAUGUGGUUUGUGCUUGUGUUUAAAAGGCAUUUUGCCAUCUUAGAAGUUAUUGAAUACAGCUUAAUCCCUUAACUUGUUUUCAAAAGGCUCUUGUAGCAUUUCAUGUGGGAAUUAUGUAGCUUGGUAGGUAGUUUACGUUGGGCCAUGUUGCACUGAAACUUCCUCGGUUCUCUCUUUGGUAUCAUAACUACAAUGCAGAACACAUU